AUGACAGCAAUACCUGAAGCCUUGGACUUACCUCGUCAGUUCUAUCCGCCAUCACUGGAGUAUGUCAACAGGUCGAUAUCCAGCCACAGCCUCCUCAGCUGCUAUCAGCUGGAGUCUGCGAUUCCAGAUUCUUCUGUUGGUCUGCUGGACGUCGCUGAUCCCUCAAAGUCCAUCAGGAGCCAGAUUGGCUGGGGCAGUGGGGGUAACAAUACCUCAGGAGUGAUAUAUAAAGGACAAGGUGACAGCCUCCAGCAAUUCUUCACCGCUGCCGCCAUGGAUCUCAAGUCGAGCAAGAGUGGUCCGGUCGAGAUUCACUACGGUAGGACUUCCACGAAUGAGAUUCAGCUGACUCAGUUGGGAAACAGAACACUUGCCCAUCAUCUACGUGAUCUUUCUCCUCGAAACCUUCCUGAAUUUCCUAAACAGAUGCGAAGAGUGAUCUUGGUAUUGUCAACGGCCGCUUUUGCUUAUUCUGAGGUUAAACUGCCGUCAAGGGUAGCACAAUUAGUGCAAUCAUUACGACCAAACAGAACACAGAUAAACAACACAGUCGUCAUCAGCGAAGGCACCAAUACUGGAUUGUAUACUUAUUACCAGGGAUAUUAUGUUCCUCCAAAAGACCGACCUCAGAAACCUGAUAAUGUUAAUGCAUCCACCCAACUCAAUAAUCAAGGAACAGUAGCCAAUGAAUCCCACUUUUUCGCUAAUGUAGGUGUUCUCGAAACAUCAUUGAAUAAUUCUAAGAACGAAACUCAGAAUAGUCAUGUAAAUAAUACUCAUCAAGAACAGACUACACUAAACCCAUCAAACACCGAUAAAAACACCGAAAUUGCCCAAGUAAUUCGAGUAGAUGCUGAUGAAACUAGUGGUAACCGAGAGAGCAAUGCCCUUUUGAAUAGAGUACAAUCAAUCAACCCGAUGGUACAUUUACAAGACAAUAUAUCUGGUAAGAAGUUUCAUCAUCAUCAUCAUGUUGGAGGAAAUGUUGGAGCACAGGGAAGUGGAAACUUUGCGGUUGGUGGUGGAGUACAAGGAUCAGUUUCAAGCAAUGGCCAAGGUCAAGGUAAUUAUGGAGCCCAAGGACAAGGAGCCUAUGGAGUACAACCACAAGGAAGUUAUGCUGGUAGCUAUGGCCAAGGAAGUUAUGGUCAAAUGUCUGGAAGCUUUGGGGCCGGCGGUUCAGUACAAGGAUCUCUCGGAGGACAGUUUUCAGGAGGUGGAGCGGUUCAGGGAGGUUCAGGAGUGAACAGUAACCCUGCAGGGCAGUUUGGUGGACAAGCUACUGGAAACUAUCAAGGAAUGGGAGGUGGACAAUAUGGUGGAGCAACUGGAAUACAAGGAUCGUAUGGAAAUCAACAACAAGUCCAAUAUCCCAUGCAACCACAAUACCCUCAAGGCCAAUUAUCUGGAGGACAGCAAGGACAGUUUGCCGCUGGAGGGAUGAUUCAAGGAAGUGGUCAAGGACAAUUUUCAGCUGGAGGAUCAGUUGGAAGUAGUGGACAAUACGGCAGCCAGCAAGGAGUUACUGGUCAUUAUGGUCAACAAGGACAAUUCCAGGGGUCAGGACAAUAUGGAAAUCAACAAACGCCCUCUGGAGUCAGUGGAUCAGUACAUGGAAGUGGUUCAAGUCCAGUAGGAGGGCAGUUUGCCGCAGGAGGUAAUGUCCAAGGUUCUGGUGGUGGUCAAUUUGCAUCUGGAGGUUCUGUUCAAGGAAGUGGAGGUUCUGGACAAUUUGUAUCUGGAGGAUCUGUACAAGGCCUAGGAGGAACACAGAGUUUCCCUAUGAAUCAGGUUCAACCAAUAGGCCAAGGAGAACACGGUUGUUGUGCACAAGUUGGCCAACCAGGGCAGUUCCCACUACCUACACAACCCCAGAAUGGACCUCAAACAGGACAAUACCCUUUCCAACAAAACAACCCUUAUCCUGUACAGGGGGGACCAAUCUCUCAACCAUCACCCUCAGGCCAGUACCCACAACAACCAAUGCAAGGAAAUCAAUAUCCACAACAAGCUACCCAGUACCCUCAAUCAUUACCACAGGGAACUCAUUUUCCUCCACAAAAUCAGGGGCAAUAUCAACCUCCAGUUUACCCACAGCAAAGUGGACAAUAUCCCCAAACAUCAUUUCCACCAAAUCAGUAUCCUCAAACAGCAACCCCAUCAAAUCAGUAUCCUCAAACAGUAGUUCCACCAAAUCAGUACCCUCAGAUGCAAAAUCCUUACCCUCAAAAUCCUGUACUAAUAAAUAACCCAUCAAAUAAUCAAGGUGGAAGUGGUCAAAUUACAGGUGCCGUAAUGGGAAGUGGUUCAAGUUCUUCUGGAGGACAAUUUGCAGCUGAAGGUUCGGUACAAGGAUCUAUUUCUCCUCAAAACCAAUAUCCUCAACAGGUACCUCAGAAUCCUGGACUAUACCCAGUGCAAAGCUAUCCAUCAAAUAUCCAAGGAGGGGGUAGUCAAGUUACAGGUUCUGUGAUGGGAAGUGGUUCUAGUUCUGCUGGAGGGCAAUUUGCUGCUGAAGGAUCAGUCCAAGGAUCUAUUUCUCCUCAAAACCAAUAUCCUCAACAAGUAACUUCUGGACAGUAUGCUGGACAGAACUAUCCACCAAAUACUCAAGGAAGUGGAAAUCAAGUGGAAGGAGCUGUUUAUGGUAGUGGUGCGAGUUCUACAGGAGGGCAAUUCAUAGCAGGUGGUUCAGUUCAAGGAUCUACUUCACCUCAAAAUCAAUACCCUCAACAAGUACCCCAAAAUCCAUCUCAAUUCGGAGGUAACCAAGUUGGUGGUCAAUUUGCAGCCUCAGGGUCAGUUCAAGGUUCUUCUGCACCUCAGAAUAUAUAUCCUCAAAAUGGCCAAUAUCAGCAAUAUCCUCAGCCUGUGCCACAACCGGGAAUACAAGGAGGGCAAUUUCAGCAACCCAUUAACCAGAAUCAAUAUCCUCAAAACAGUGGUAUAACUGGUAGUGUAUAUGGAAGUGGUACUAGUCCUGAAGGUGGUCAUUUUAGUACAACAGGGUCUGUCCAAGGUACCACUGGUCCAAAUAGCCAAUUUACUGCAGGGGGUAAUGUACAAGGAAGUGGAGGAAGUGGUAGUUUUCAAGGAGGUGGUGGUACAGGAGGUAAUUUUGGUCAGCAUGGAAUGGGACACCAUCACCAUUCUGGCCAUCACCCAGGUCAAGGUAGUGGUCCUAGUCAUGUAACUGGUGAAGUUACAGGAAGUGGACAAGGUGGAUUUACAACUGGAGGAACAGUAACUGGGACGACAGGAGCAGGUAACUUUGAAGCUGGUGGUGAUGUCCAGGGCACAGGAUCUGGUGGAUUCGUGGCUGGUGGUGGUGUUCAUUCAAGAUUUAAACCAGGUCACAAGAAACAUCAUUGCAUCUAUGAAUAA